GGUCCUUUGGAAUAGGAAGAGAAUGCCUGACUAACAGCUGGAUGUGGGCUUUCAGGCACUGACAGACGACAGUGACAGCAUGGCCCAUUCCAUCGUCUGCACUGACAAUCCUGGCAGCAUCCUCUCAACUCUGACAUCCACGGAUAAACAGGAUCCCUUUGCAUUGCUUCGGGAAGUCUCAGGGAAUUGUGGGCGCUUGCAGGAACGUAUUGGUCAAAUGGACGAGGAAACCCAAACGGUCACAAGCCGCUAUCAGCAGAUGGAGGAUCUGAUAGAAGAAAUCAGAGGUUGCUGUGAAAACGUUGAGAAGUCCAGGGAAAAGCUGCAGCAAUGCAUGGGAAUCCCAGAGCCAGGAGCCUUGUGGCUGCAUCAAAGGAACACCGAGCAGCAGAAGGAAACGUCACCCCAGGUGGAAAAGGCCCAGCAGCAGGACAGGAUGGAGGUUGGUUUUGGAAAUGAGACUGGUUUUCCCUUGAAAACUUGUCUUGGCCCUUCUUGUACAGUGGAGGCUGCACUGGAGGGAGAAGACCCCUCAUUGCAGAGCGAGCUGGAAGUCAAGAGGCAGACACUGGAGGAAUUGCAGCUUCAGAGGGAUCUGCUGGAGCAAAGGAGGGAUGAUGUCACCAUGGCUCUGGACACCUCAUUGCUAGGCAGCACCUGUGGGAGUGGGAGUUGUGCCAGCCAGAUCAGCCCAGAUGCUG